UUUUUAAUUUAUUUAAAAAUGUUUAUUCUUCCAAAACCUUUUUAUCUUUUAAUUUUACUAAUUAUUUCAACAAUUUUCUUAUUAUUUUUAAUUCUUCGGUUGCCUUCAAUUUCUUACCAAACAAAUCAAUGUCAACACUUAUGGGACUCUUCUAACUGCAAAAAUUUAAAUAUUUCUUUAAAUUGGCAUCCAAUAACUUGUUUUAUUGACGGAAAGCAAAAAAGAGUUCCCUGUCUUCAACAAAAUGACUUAAAAGAAGUUUAUCUUCCAUUCAAUUCAUUUUUGAAAAAACAAUUUGAUUUGUAUGGAGAGACUGACAAAAGUAUUUCUUUAAUUUUUAAACUUAUUUUUAACAAAUUUUGCGGACAGUCCGCAAAAUAUUUGCGGACAAAUAAUUUUUUUGUUAGGCUAUUUUGUGGUCUUUCUACUAUUGUUUGGAGUAAAUUUUAA